GUGUUGGAUCACUUAUUAUAACCAUGCUUAUCCCCCUGUUUUGUGUGAUGUUAACUUAUUUGACUGUGUUAUUAGGCGCGAGUGUUGACAAUAAUAAUAGCAAGUUCGUGCCUGCUUUCUCGUGGAAUUACAUUAACUUUAGCUGGCCCUCUGCACAAACAAUGGCCGAAUUUGGGUACGUCCCUGGAGAAGACGUGAUCGCCGGUAUUAAAAUUUAUAAAAACGUCAUUUACUUGGCUCUUCCGAGGAUAAAACCAAGUUCAAGAGUAACUUUAGCUUCCAUUCCUAUCGACGCAAAUAAAGAAAAUCCACUUCUGUCACCGUAUCCCAACUGGGAAAUGAAUUCGGGAUCAACUUGUGAUGCCAUUCAGAAUGUUUUGAGCAUGGAAAUUGAUAAAGACGGCAUUAUGUGGGUUUUAGACGCUCGAAGAGUCGACAAUAAUACCGAUUGUCCACCGAAAAUCAUUUUAUUAGAUUUGAACGACGGGGGGAAAAUCGUCGAUAGCUUUCAAGUGCCGGACGAUCUGUGCCCCCAUCGCGGCGGCUGCUUCCUCAACGACAUCGUCGUCGACGGCGACUUCGCCUACGUUUCGGACACGACGUCCUCAGACCCCGGGAUCUUCGUCUACAACCGAAAACUGAAGACUUCCUGGAAGGCCAGGGACAAGACCAUGUUCGGCGACCCCGCUGCCGUCGAUUUUACCGCACAAGGUGUGCAAAACCAGCAGUUGUCGCACGUUAAUGGCAUCGCCUUGUGCUGCGGCAAGGAGGAGAGGGCCUUCUUUUACAUGCCGCAAACGUCAUUGCACAUUUUCUCAACGAGUAAUUCCGUUUUGAAAAAUCGAUCAGUGGCAACUGCGAGCAAUUUGCAUAAUUUUAUCACCGACAAAGGCACAAAGCAGGGACAAUCAGGAGGCAUGAUAUGUGACACCGAAGAUAAUAUUUACUACGGAAUUUUACCGCUAAAUGCUGUCGGUAAAUGGAAUGUUCAAAAGCCGCUGGAAACCGCAGCGAUUGUUGAACAAAACGACGAAAUUAUUAACUGGCCCGACAGUUUUUCCAUUUAUGAUAAUUAUUUGUAUUUGAUCACAAACAGUAUUUCCAAAUUUUCGAAAAAAGGCAUCAAUUUAAACGACAUCAAUUUCCGAAUAAUUAAGCUACAAACAAACAGCAAAAGCUAUGUUUACUGUUAAUUGGAAUUUGCUUUAUAUAUGAUGUGUUUACCAUUAUGGGUAAAUGCAAGUAAUUUUUUUUAAUAAAAGAUGUGUAGAAGAGUAGGGUUUUUGUGUCCUAAUUUUUUGCUUUUUACUAAUAAUGUCAAAAAAUUGAGGGAGCACGUUUAAAUAUCUGAAAAAAUAAUUAGGACCAUUUCUCGAUUGUUUGAAAUACAGCAACAGACGCCAAAAUAACCAUUUGUAUUUUUGUGCGUUUUUAAUUUUAGAAUUAGGGUAUCCUGUUAUUCUCUUAUUGUAAAUAACGAU